AUGGGCCCAGCGCGCAGCUCCGGGCUAAGCCCCCGCUUCAGCCAGCUCGCAGGCACAAAACAACCCCACGCAGAGCCCGCAGCUCCCGAAACAGGCGUCGAGAGCCCUCGUAACGACGGCGUUGAAGCCACGCAGCUGACUGGCGGCUCUGAAGUCCCCGCCCUCGGUGGGCGGUACCUCGCGCCCCGGUUGUUUUCGUCGGCUCUGGCAACGGGGCUGGUGGCUGAGGCCAUGGCAAGCGCGGGCGGAGCAGGGCGGUCGGGACCGGGAUCCGCGCGGCCGCCGUCCGGGGACCUGCAGAGCGCGCUGAUCGCUAGCGCGCUGAACCCGGAGCGGCUGGAGGCGGAUCUCUUCAGGGGCCAGCACCACUGGGUACCCGCCCCGAAGUUCUUGUUCGGCGGGCAGAUCGCGGGGCAGGCGCUGGUGGCGGCCGCCCGCACCGCGAGACCCGAGGAGCAGGUCCGGUCGCUGCUCUGCCGCUUCCUGCGGCCAGGGGUCCCUGGGGGGCCGGUGCUGUACCAGGUGGAACGGACCCGUACAGGAAAGAGCUACUCUGUCUGCUCCGUAAAAGCCAUCCAGCACGGGGAGGCAAUCUUCACCUGCCAGGCCUCCUUCUGGCCUUCCCAGGAGAGUCAGGUGCAGCACCAGCAGGCCACCAUGCCUGCAGUACCACCCCCUGAGCACCUGCUGACACAAGAGGAGCUCACAGAGAAGUACCUGCAGGAUUCUCACCUGCCAGAGAAGUACAAGCAACACCUCCACGAGCUCCUAGCAGAAGAUGUGCCGAUGGAGAUCAAACCUGUCAGCCCACCGGCUGCAUUCUGCUUGGAGGCACAGGAACCGAAGCAGCUCCUCUGGGUGCGAGCAUGAGGGCACAUAGGAGAGACCGAUACGAAGGUGCACUGCUGCGUGGCCGCCUACAUGUCGGACUACGGCUUCCUGGGCACGGCGCUGCUCCCGCACCGGCAGUACCACGCCAAGUUCCUUCUGUCCGACAGCCAUGCCAUGCGGUUCCAUUCAGCAUUCCGAUCAGACCACCGGAUGCUGUGCGAGUGUGAGAGCCCCUGCUUUGUUGGGUCACAGGCACUGGUGCAGGGACGGCUGUGGCGCAGGGAUGGGGUCCUGGCUGUCACCUGUAUGCAGCAGGGAGUCAUCGUGCUGGAGCCAAGGCAGAGCAAACUCUAG